AAAUUGACUGAAAUAAUGACAUUAAGAAAUCAAAAUAGUAGAUAAGUGUCAGUCUCAUGCAAUAAAAAUUUUGGGAAAAUUAUCAAACAAUUUUUACAAAAAUUGUGCAUACAUUUAUUAUAUUCAUCAGGUUCAUUCAUCGGUGUGCGGCUAAAUUCAUUGUGUUGGAAGUUAUGGUGUAUUGUGGGUACGUAGCGCUGGUCUGAGUCCGAUCUGAUAAUUUUCAUCCCCGUCGUUCCGUGUUAUCGAUAUUGUAUUGGCCAAUUGGCGAGAAAUGGCGGAGGCAGCGGUCGAGGAUCGUCCCACGUUAAAAUUCUACUGCCACAUGUGUAAUGUACAAUUUCAAAAUGCAUCCGCCAAUUUUACGUGCCCCCACUGUUCCGAUGGAUUUAUCGAGGAGCUGCAAGAAAAUCCAGACACCGGUGAUGAUGUGAUCGAUGAAGAUUGGGAAGAUGAUGAAAUGGAUGACAUACCAUAUCCAUUUCCCCAAGUACCGGACAGGAGAGGCCGCACCUCAAACCGUCCGGGCAGAAGAUACCCGAACUCAGCCCGGGCCCGGAUAAUUCGUCCAAGGACACUGACACGUUUGGCCACGUCCAACCUGCGACAGAACAACAUGCCGUUCGAGAACAUGAUCCAGGAGUUCUUCAUCAAUCUGGGUGUGGGUGUGAACAUCGGCACGGCCGCCAACAUGCAACUGUUCCUGGGCAAUCCAGGCGACUACGCGUGGGGCCGCGAGGGCUUGGACGCCAUCGUUACUCAGCUUCUGAACCAGAUGGACAGCACAGGUCCGCCGCCGGUGUCCAAGGAGACAAUCGAUGCGCUUGCCGUCGUCAAAGUGGACGAGGAGCAGGUGAACAGCAAGCUGCAGUGCUCGGUUUGUUGGGAGGACUUCGUGCUGAGGGAGGAGGUGCGGCAACUGCCGUGCCUCCACAUCUACCACGAGCCCUGCAUCAGACCGUGGCUCGAACUGCACGGCACCUGUCCGAUCUGUCGACAGAACCUGCAGAACGCCGCCGACCCCAACGGUCCCGAUCACAAUCCGGAAUCGGACAGUUCGUCCAGCAGUCAAGACGGCAAUUCCGCCUUCAACGUGAUCAGGAAUUUGUUCCAGAACAAUCCGAGUUCGUCGUCGUCGAACAGCAACACGGAUCCCUCGGACCAGUCCGGCGGCAGGAGUCACCUCAACGAUUUUUGAGGAAUGUAAUAGCCCCCACCACUCCUCCAACCCUUACUUCAUUUCCAAAGAAUACACACACGCUUUUACGAACGAUCCGACUACUACAAAUGUAAACAAACUGUUUAGGUAUAGUAUACUUUAAAUUGAUUGAUUAUAAGAUGAUUACGAUAUGAUAAUAUACCAAAUAAACAGAUUUCAAUUCAUUUACAUUUUUACUGCUUAUCUGUCUCUAUAUCUAAUCAUUUAAUUUAAUUUAACGCGUGAUGUAGUUUCGGAUGUUUUUAUCGUGAACGUAUUUAUUUAAUUUCUGUACAUGCAUAUUGUUUGUUUGAGUAUUUGCGGCACAAACUGCAUUCUUUAUGAAUAGUUGCAAAAUAAUGUAUAGUUCUAUUCGAAAAUAGAAUUAUAUAGUAUGUUAUAUAAUCUGUAAGUUUUAAGAAAUGACGGGAUAUGAAACAAGUAUCACAAAAUUGAAAUGAACACACGUUAGCUUGUUGCGGAUUAUAAAUUACGUUUUUCUGUAUGUAACAUUGAUUAAAUAUAAGAAAAAUGAUACGGGUACGAUUCCUUCUUGAUACUGAAACAUGUACAGUACAUUUUUCUUAAGUUUAGUCAUUCCUCUAAUCUAUUUAAAUUGUUAUAUAUUUAAAUUGAAAUGUACUGUGAAUAAUUACGUGGUAAGAAAUUGUAUAAUUUAUAUAAUAUGGUUCAAAAUAAGACUUGAUAAGAAUUGAAAUUUAUUUAAACUUUGAACCCUGUAUAUUAUGUAUGAAUUUGUUAUGGAAUGUAAAAAUGAUCAAAUUUAGUUUUGUUCAAAUUGUAUAAAGUGAUUUAGUAAGGAAGCUUGACUUGAUAUUUGAUUUAUGUAUGUUGUGAUAUUCUGUAAUUAAUAAAUUAUAUUAAAGACG